GACAGUUCUAACUUUUUGCAGCAUGACUUCGGUCCAAAGGUGCAUGAAGGACCAAUUCAUCAACGCAAUACAGCCAGACAAAGCUUCGUGGCAUGCAAUAGCAAAAACCAGCGAAUGGACACCACUCUCAUUGCUUACCUCCAAUCUCACUCUGCCCUCACCGGAUUGGCUGUAUCUCCUGGACCAGAUCGUGCAUUCUUUGUUUUAUGUUCAGAUGACAUGUCUGUUAAAGUA